AGGGGCCCGGCACCCUCACCCCCGGCAUCACCUAGCUCGGGAUCCCCCCACUCCCUCCCUGGCCGGUCAGUUACCGGCGUGGGGCUGUCGGGAAUCGCUCGCUGAUUGGCCGCCCCCCCUCAUUUAUAGCGCAUCGCCCGGCGCUGCCCGCGGGAGUCGUUCUGCUCUGCCGCCGCAGCACCACCGACACCUCGGGGAGCGGCGCCUCUGCCAGGCAGAAAAACUUCCUCCUCCUCCCGCAGCAGCCGCCCAGGCAGGUUUUUUCUUUCUGUUUUGUUUGUUUGGUUUGGUUGGUUUUUGGGUUUUUUUUCCUAACUUCCUCUCCCCGCUAGGUGCCCGCCCGCCCGCCGCCCUGGCGCACCUUUUGCCGGCCCCUGCCAUGUACAGCAUGCUGGAGACGGAGAUCAAGGCUCCGCAGCCCACGCCGGGCAACACCGGGGGCAACCCCGCUCCGGGGAGCAACGGCAAAGGCGGCGGCGGCGGCGGGGGCGGCAACGGAGCGGGAGCGGGCUCGGACCAGGACCGGGUGAAGCGCCCCAUGAACGCCUUCAUGGUGUGGUCGCGCGGGCAGCGGCGGAAGAUGGCCCAGGAGAACCCCAAGAUGCACAACUCGGAGAUCAGCAAGCGGCUCGGGGCCGACUGGAAGCUGCUGAGCGACGCCGAGAAGCGGCCCUUCAUCGACGAGGCCAAGCGGCUGCGGGCCGUGCACAUGAAGGAGUAUCCGGAUUACAAAUACCGGCCCCGGAGGAAGACCAAGACCUUGCUGAAGAAGGACAAAUAUUCGCUGCCCGGCAACCUGCUGGCCCCGGGGGGGGGCAACGCGGUGAGCAGCCCCGUCGGGGUGGGGCAGAGGAUUGACACUUAUGCCCACAUGAACGGCUGGACCAACGGAGCUUACUCCCUGAUGCAAGACCAGCUGGGCUACAGCCAGCACCCGGGCAUGAACAGCCCGCAGCUGCAGCAGAUGCACCGCUACGACAUGACGGGCCUGCAGUACAGCCCCAUGAUGUCCACGGCCCAGACCUACAUGAACGCCGCCUCCACCUACAGCAUGUCCCCCGCCGCCUACGGCCAGCAGCCCUCCACGGCCAUGAGCCUGGGCUCCAUGGGCUCCGUGGUGAAAUCCGAGCCCAGCUCGCCGCCUCCGGCCAUCACUUCCCACUCGCAGAGGGCCUGCCUGGGAGACCUGCGGGAUAUGAUCAGCAUGUACCUGCCCCCCGGGGGGGAUGCCACAGACCCUUCCGCCCUGCAGGGCAGCAGGUUACACAGCGUCCACCAGCACUACCAGAGUGCCGGGACUGGCGUGAAUGGCACCGUACCACUGACUCACAUAUAAACCUGACUGCUCCGGACGGCUCCCCGUCUAAAUCCCUAACCCCACCACUGCUCCCUGACUACACCGGGAUGUACGGCAGUGUUACUCGGCUUAGCGGACUUAAUACUAACUUUGGAGAAAUUUUAAAAGGAAA